UCCCACCUACAUGACAGCAGUUUUGUCAUGUGACAGGUGGUGCUGCGUUCACGUGACCCCUCCCGAUUCUCCGGGUUCCCCUAGCCGGUGCAGUGACGUCACUGUUCCUCUAUUGCUUUCUCUCUGACACCGACCCGUGCCCUCCGUCAUCAAGAUGUUGUCCUUCUCCGAGCUCUACUUCAACGUAGACAGCGGCUACCUGGAAGGUUUGGUCCGUGGCUUCAAGGCCGGCGUCUUGACUCAGGGGGACUACCUGAACCUGGUGCAGUGCGAGACCCUGGAGGAUCUCAAGUUGCAUCUUCAGAGCACAGACUAUGGCACAUUUCUGGCCAAUGAAGCCUCGCCGCUUGCUGUCUCUGUCAUUGAUGACAAGCUGAAGGAGAAGAUGGUUGUGGAGUUUAGACACAUGAGGAACCAAUCGUAUGAGCCGCUCGCCAGCUUCUUGGAUUACAUUACGUAUAGCUACAUGAUUGACAAUGUAAUCCUGUUGAUUACCGGCACCCUGCACCAGCGCUCCAUUUCCGAACUUGUGCCUAAAUGCCAUCCUUUGGGAAGCUUUGAACAGAUGGAAGCUGUAAACAUCGCCCAAACACCUGCAGAAUUGUACAACGCCAUUCUUGUUGAUACCCCACUAGCUGCAUUCUUCCAGGACUGCAUUUCAGAACAAGAUCUUGAUGAAAUGAAUAUUGAAAUUAUAAGGAACACUCUGUACAAGGCCUAUUUAGAAUCCUUCUACAAGUUCUGCGAAGGGCUAGGAGGAACUACUGCAGAUGCCAUGUGUCCCAUCCUAGAGUUUGAAGCCGACCGCCGAGCGUUUAUAAUCACAAUUAAUUCAUUUGGCACCGAACUUUCCAGAGAAGACCGUGCCAAGCUGUUCCCACACUGCGGGAAAUUGUACCCUGAAGGCCUGGCCCAGUUGGGGAGAGCUGAUGACUAUGAGCAGGUCAAAGCAGUAGCUGACUAUUACCCAGAAUAUAAACUGCUGUUUGAAGGUGCAGGAAACAAUCCUGGCGAUAAAACCCUGGAAGACAGGUUCUUUGAACAUGAGGUGAAAUUAAACAAACUGGCUUUUAUCAACCAGUUCCACUUUGGAGUAUUUUAUGCCUUUGUAAAGCUAAAGGAGCAGGAGUGCCGAAAUAUCGUAUGGAUUGCGGAGUGCAUCGCCCAGAGGCACCGAGCCAAGAUUGACAACUACAUUCCUAUCUUCUAGAGGGGGCAUUCCCACCACAGCUCCCCUACGACCUCCCCCUUCCCCCCCCCCCCUCCCUCACAGACAUUUCUUUUGCCUUACAGGCUGAAAACAAAAUCUGUGGAUUGGGUGUGACAUCAGAUGUAAAGAUUCAGCUUUACAUAUCUGAUCAUCUGGAGGUUUCAUUUUAUUUAUAGCUGUUAAUCAAUGGUCUUUCUACUCAUUUCCUGAAAUGCCUUCCAUCUGGCUGUGAUGGAUUUAAAGGGCCAUCAAUCCUGCCUCAAGAGGAGGAGUUUUUAUAUUUGGAAUAUCUAAUAAUAACAAUAAUAAUUCUAUAUGAAAUGUACCAGUACAAA